AUGAGAAAAUUCAGUAUUGAUUACAUUCAGAGUCUCAUCUCUAUUGGUUAUUUAAACAAGAUAGAGCUAAAUUAGCAGGUUAUAGGAGAAUUUAUUCGAUAAUUGAUAGAUGAUCAAGAUAGUUUGGAUCUUGAACUAGUGGAACUUGACUACAAAAUAAUUUGUCUUCAUGAAAAAUGUGAAUAGAAAGAUCUUUAAAGAGAUCUUUAUAAAAUGUCAUAAAGAUUGGAAGAUCUAAGCUAGGACAUCGACAUUAUGUACGAUGUAUUAGAUGAUAGCGAACUUCCCACUCUCAACAUGCUGCUGCAAUCAAUAUUGAUAGAGCCACUAGUCAUGCUUGAAAAGACAGUAUUAAAAUCUCAGUCUCUCUAUAUAAAUCUGAUAAAUAAGCUUUUGAGCAAAUACAUAGAUGAGAGCAAACAAAUCUAAUUUGAUUUCUAACACAUGGAUUAAAGCUCUCAGCAAUCAAUCAUCAAGAAUGGGAAGCCUAAGAAAUAAGUCUGUGAGAUUUAGAUUUAGACUGAAUAAGAUGAUAUUCUAAUUGAUUACAUUGAUAUGCUACAACGUUAAGAGGAAUAUGAUAUAAGAAUGAGAAGAUUAUCUAAGCCAUCUUAAACUUAGCAGACAUAUUAAUCAUAAUAAGAUGAAACAUUCAAAAUACCAUCUCAAUAAUCAUCCAUAUAACUCAGUCAUACUGCUUCAUUUAAUUAGCAAUAAGUUUCAAUUAAUAACUCCUUUACGAUGCCCUUGACUUAAAAGAAAAGAGAUGAGAAACUUUCAUAAAAACUUCAGGCUCAAUUAUAGACUUAAAAGAUUUUCAAAGGUAAAAAAUCAGGUAUUGCCAAAAUAGUUCCUACUUACAGCUGGUCUAACUCACAAAGAAACAAUUAAAAUGUAGUAAUUUCAGCAAAGACAACCUCAAGACAAUCUAGUUUAGUUUCAAAUCUCAUCAGACAACGAUGUCAAGCACUUAUGCAAGAAUAGCAGGAAGUAGAAAAAUUGAAACAAAGAGAAAUUCUAGCAGGAAAAAUUGCUAUUGAAAAUCAAAGAGGAUUAGAUGAUUAUAAUAUUUGUGAUAGAACCUCUGAAGAUAUAUUGUUUUUUGAUUGA